GGCGCCUCAGAGCUGGGAUCCCCGCGUCCCGGGGAACCGUGGCGAUGGCGUUCCGGUGUCAGCGGGACAGCUACGCCCGGGAGUUCACCACCACCGUGGUCUCCUGCCGUCCGGCGGAGCUACAGACCGAAGGGAGCAAAGGCAAGAAGGAAGUGCUGAGCGGCUUCCAAGUGGUGCUGGAAGACACGCUGCUUUUCCCGGAGGGCGGGGGACAGCCUGAUGACCAUGGUACAAUCAAUGACAUUUCUGUGCUGAGAGUGACCCGCCGGGGGACCGAGGCUGAUCAUUUCACACAGACACCCUUGACCCCUGGGACUGAGGUUCACGUCCGGGUGGACUGGGAGCGGAGGUUUGACCACAUGCAGCAGCACUCAGGGCAGCAUCUCAUCACAGCGGUUGCCGAUCAUCUGUUUGGGCUGAAAACAACAUCGUGGGAAUUAGGGCGACUCCGGAGUGUGAUUGAGCUGGACAGCCCCUCUGUGACUGCAGAGCAAGUAGCUGCCAUUGAGCAGAGGGUCAAUGAAAAAAUCAGAGAUCGGCUGCCCGUGAGUGUGCGAGAACUGAGCCUAGAUGAUCCUGAGGUGGAACAGGUGAGGGGCCGCGGUUUGCCAGAUGACCAUGCUGGGCCCAUUCGAGUUGUUACCAUCAAGAGUGUUGAUUCCAACAUGUGCUGUGGGACCCAUGUGAGCAAUCUCAGUGACCUGCAGGUCAUUAAACUUCUGGGCACUGAGAAGGGGAAAAAGAACAAAACCAACCUGAUAUUUCUGGCUGGGGACCGGGUGCUGAAGUGGAUGGAAAGAAGUUAUGGAACUGAAAAAGCACUGACCUCUCUGCUUAAGUGUGGAGCAGAGGAUCACGUGGAGGCAGUGAAGAAGCUGCAGAACUCCACCAAGCUCCUGCAGAAGAACAACCUGAAUCUGCUGAGAGACCUAGCUGUGCACAUUGCCCACAGCCUCAGGAACAGCCCAGACUGGGGAGGUGUGGUCACAUUACACAGGAAGGAGGGUGAUUCUGAGUUCAUGAAUAUCAUUGCCAAUGAGAUCGGCUCAGAGGAGACCCUCCUGUUCUUAACUGUAGGCGAUGAAAAAGGCGCUGGGCUCUUCUUACUGGCAGGGCCAGAUGAGGCGGUAGAGACCCUGGGACCCAGGGUGGCUGAGGUGCUGGAAGGCAAAGGAGCGGGGAAGAAAGGCCGCUUUCAGGGUAAGGCCACCAAGAUGAGCCGGCGGGCAGAGGCGCAGGUGCUUCUCCAGGACUACAUCAGCACACAGAGUGCGGAGGAGUGAGGACUGGGCACCUCCUGGUGCUCCUGCCUUUGAGAACAGGCCUCCUGUGUCAGCAGAAAGAGUCUCUUGGACAAUAAAAUUCUUUGACUUGCAAUGAUUGUGGUACCACGUUUAACUAAUUUAUGUAGUAUACUCCAGUGUGCUUAUGCAAUAAGUAUCUGAAUAAACAGCUUACUAAUUUGGACCCACUA